AUGGCGAACGAGCUCGAGCCGCGCGCGUCGCACGUCCUGCCUGCCGCGGUGAGCGCCUGGAUCUCGGGCCGCCGCGCCCGGCGCGAGAGCCCGGAGGACGUGCUCGCGGAUCUCGGCCUCUGCCUCGCGAGCGAGGCCAGCGAGAGCGAGGAGGAGCGCUGGCUGCGGGUUGCGUACCUGGUGGCCGAGUGCCGCUCGCUCUGCCGGCCACGGUCCCGGCCCGCCUCGGCAGGCGACACCACCGCCACCGACGCCGCGCGAAUCCUCGCCGGUGCGUCUGCCGUGCUUGUCCUGGUCGGCGCGGACGCGUCAGAGUCGUCCGGCUUCCCAUGCUUUCCGAGCCCCGCUGGCGCGCGGCCGGUGGACGGCUCGCCCAACCUCUUUGAGCGCGUCGCGGCGCGGCACGGCCUCGCGACGCCGGAGAGGCUCUUCGAGAUGAGCAGCUUUGUCAUCAAUUAA